UUGUCUGCCUCUUAGCAGGAGUGCGGAAGUGGAAACUUCACUGUGCGGGUGCAGGGUUCCGCCUGGAUCAUCAGACAGCAGCUCUCUGCCCGUCACAGAUUAGUUUCCAUCAAAAUCGCACCCUUAAAUACUACUCCUAAAGCACACAAGAGAUGGCUGGACGGUUGCCGGCAUGUGUAGUGGACUGUGGUACAGGAUACACAAAACUGGGCUAUGCAGGGAACACAGAGCCACAGUUCAUUGUUCCAUCAUGUAUUGCCAUCAAAGAGUCGGCCAAGGUCGGCGACCAGGCCCAGCGCAGGAUGAUGAAGGGGGUGGACGACCUGGACUUCUUCAUCGGUGACGAGGCUAUAGACAAACCCACAUAUGCCACGAAGUGGCCGAUCCGUCACGGCAUCGUGGAAGACUGGGACUUGAUGGAGAGAUUCAUGGAACAGGUCAUCUUCAAGUACCUGCGGGCAGAACCUGAAGACCACUACUUCCUAUUGACAGAGCCUCCAUUGAACACGCCGGAGAACCGGGAAUACACGGCAGAGAUCAUGUUCGAGUCCUUCAACGUCCCGGGACUGUACAUCGCAGUACAGGCAGUCCUUGCUCUGGCGGCAUCCUGGACAUCCAGACAGGUUGGAGAGAGGACUCUUACAGGGACUGUGAUUGACAGCGGGGACGGGGUCACUCACGUCAUCCCAGUGGCAGAGGGGUAUGUGAUUGGCAGCUGUAUAAAGCACAUCCCCAUUGCUGGACGGGACAUAACCUACUUUACCCAGCAGCUUCUGAGGGAGAGGGAGGUGGGGAUCCCACCAGAGCAGUCCCUGGAGACUGCCAAAGCAGUGAAGGAACGCUUCAGUUACGUGUGCCCUGAUUUGGUGAAAGAGUUCAGCAAGUACGACACAGACGGAUCCAAAUGGAUCAAGCAGUACACCGGCAUCAACUCCAUCAGCAAGAAGGAGUUCACCAUCGACGUGGGCUACGAGCGCUUCCUGGGCCCCGAGAUCUUCUUCCAUCCGGAGUUUGCAAACCCGGACUUCACCCAGCCCAUCUCAGAGGUGGUGGACGAGGUCAUACAGAACUGCCCCAUCGAUGUCAGACGCCCCCUGUACAAGAACAUCGUCCUCUCGGGCGGCUCCACCAUGUUCCGGGACUUCGGCCGGCGCAUGCAGAGGGACCUGAAGAGGACGGUGGACGCGCGGCUGAAGAUGAGCGAGGAGCUGAGCGGCGGGAAGCUGAAGCCGAAGCCGAUCGACGUGCAGGUCAUCACUCAUCACAUGCAGAGAUACGCCGUUUGGUUCGGCGGCUCCAUGUUAGCCUCUACACCGGAAUUCUACCAAGUGUGCCACACCAAAAAGGACUACGAGGAGAUUGGGCCCAGCAUCUGUCGCCACAACCCCGUGUUUGGGGUCAUGUCCUAAACCUGCCUUCUGUGCUGACUUUAGAAAAGGAUUCUGGGGUGGGGGGCGGGGGGGGCGGGGGAGGUUCGCGCUUUGAUCGCUUCUUCGGCCUGGCCGGGCUGCCACGGCUGAAAGUAUCGAGAUUUAAAAAAGAAAACGGAAACGACAGACCAAACGCAGUGGCGCUGGGGGGGAAGUUAAUUGUCGCAAACGUCUAGAAAAACGAGGGAAAUUUAGUUUCUAAACCAAAACGACGUUGAGUUUAGCACGUGCGGAGGGAAAAAAACAUUGUGGUAAAAACGUGUCGGCGAGGACGAGAGUCACAAAAUGCCGUUGGUGGUGAUGUAAGCGGACGUGCCCGACUUAGCAUGUCGAGAGGGUGUCCAGAUCGCUACAGGGUUCGAAUAAUUUAGUCAUCUGCUCUGUUUUACUUCAAAUGCAAUUCUCUGUGUACUAGGCAGGAGCUUGUUUAUAUUUCAUACAAAGUUUUUAUAUGUAAAGCUGGGGAAAUGAGAAACCAUAAAUUAUGUACUGAUUACGAGGUCACAUCAUUUAAAACCACAAAGCAGCUUCAACACAGGUAGGAAUUUCCCAAAUGGAAAUCUGAACAUAAAGAAAUCCUUUUUGCUGUACCACAAUCUGCCCAGCACAAUGAUUUUUUUUUUUUUUUUUUGGAAUUUAUCUUUUGAAAUGUUCUCUCUUGCCCUUGCUUGAAUGCCCUUGCCCUUUCUGUUGUUAUUUUUUAACUGCAUUUUUUUUUUACUACUAUUACUAAUAAUGGAGAUGAUUAUAACUGAAAUGACUGUCGGACCAGUAUUGUAGGCUAGAACCUCGUUAUUGUUUUUGAUUACAUACCAAAUGAUUUAAAAGAUCAAAUCCAUGUAUUUAAUGCCCAGCGACAUUCCAAUAAAGGCGGAAAAGUCAUUUCUACUCUUUUGUCUGGGAUUUUUUUUUCUUUCCCAGAUGUUAUUAGUGCAGUUCAUUUGUGGUGUUUUGUGCAGCUGUUCCCCUUUAUCUGUCUUGGAUCUCCUUCAGACUGUUCCAUUGCCAGAAAGCCUAGAAAGGUCCCCUUCCCUUGUGCCUGCGAAAUUGACGACCACUAUAAAUAGGAGUGCAGACUGCAGGAAAUGUUGACGCACUCGGUUGUGUCCAAUUAUUUUGGUCAAAUUGACAAAAUAAAUUGUUUGUUCCCCA